AUGCAAGAACCAGAUGUUGUGGAGCCACCAAUGCAAGAGCUUCAAGUUGCCGAAUACACUAGAGCUCCUAACACUCCUGGGCAUUGCAUUUUUAACUACUGUGUCAACGAGUCUCGUCAUCGAAUACCAGAGUGUAUUAAAGUGCAUAUAUUUUGCGAGUAUAAAUUGUACAUUCCUAAUGGCGCGCGAGUAUGCAGAGAGCACUUGCAGGGAAAUAAUUGGGAAGAACUCCCUGAAUUCUGCAAUGUUACUCAUAGCUUUACAGCAACACAGUUUAGUGACAUUUGUGACAUUCUGAGAGCUACUAUCCAACGCGCAACUAGAAUAGAUUUUAGUGUGCGAGGUGCUUUAUCCGACGAUGAAUUACACUUUUGGGUCGGACUCAAUAAUGAGCAGUUGGAUAUCAUAUUGGAAGAAACUUCUUCAUUAACUCAAAACUGCAUACAACCUAGAACAACGCUAGGCAUAUACCUGACUAAGCUUCGAAGUGGAGAACCAAAUGAAAGAUUAGCCACUUUAUUUAAUAUGUCAAGAAGGCAACUUGAGCGGCAUCCAUCUAAGGCACGCGAAUGCCUUACAAAUGAAUAUGUCAUCCUUCACUUAGGAUUGGAUCACAUUGACCGAAACAACAUGUUAGAGAGAAACUUAACUAUUCCAAGGAACCUUUUUGGCAAUGAACAAAAUACAAAAGCAAUUUUGAUAUGUGACGGGACUUACAUUUACAUUCUCAAAAGUUCCAACUUUUUAUUUCAACGGCAGUCCUAUAGUCUUCACAAAUAUCAAAAUCUACUGAAACCAUUUUUGAUAGUAUGUCCUGAUGGCUAUAUAGUAGAUGUGAAGGGGCCAUACGCCGCGACAAAAACUGACGCAAACAUUAUGCAAGACUUAAUGAAUGAUGACACGAACCCAAUCCACUUUUUUUUAGAACCAAACGACGCAUUUAUAUUGGACCGAGGCUUCAGGGAUAGUUUAGAUGACAUAGAGGCACAUGGCUAUGAAUAUUAUGUACCUCCAAACAAAGCUCGAUAG